CAAAAGACCAAUUAGUGAAAACAAAAGAUCAGAAUCGGGCUGCCUGUUUAAACGCAGCCUUAGUUACGUGUUGGAUUGAGAAGUCUGGGCGCACACACGAGAUUCACGACAGACAGAUACUCAUACCACAUCGAAAUAGUUCAUUUCCCUUCUCGGAUUUUGACAGCAGGACUGGUACAAUAGGAUUUUUUUUAAAGCAGCUCAGUGAAGUGUUGCCGUUGAAGACAUUCCACUUUUGGUGUAGGUAGGGUCUGAGCCAUUACACCAGCCUCUUUUUUUUUUUUUUUUUUGUCUUCAAGAUAUCCAUUUUCUGAAUACAAAGAAUGACACUGAUUUGAAAAAAAGAGGCCUGAUCUGAAGGGGCGUGUCAUUAGCAAGUAAAACCAAGACCCGGGGGCAAAGAAGAAACUCAAGGAAACGAAUUAUGACUUACAACAACAGAGAACUGGUGGUAUACUAUAUUACCUAUAAACUAUCACAGAGGGACUACCCCUUCAACCACAUUGGGCUCACAGAAGCUCCCAGUCGGACUGAGGGGGAUGAGGGGGGACAGGUGGAAGGGGGGGCGGCAGUCACGACACACCCCAAUGGCACAGUGAACGGGACGAGUCCUGGGACUCCACCGCGACAGUCUCCCCCCUCGUCCCCUCAGCGGACAAUGGGCCUGGACGCAGUGAAAGAGGCAUUGCGGGACUCUGCCAACGAGUUUGAGCUGCGUUAUGCCAGAGCGUUCAGUGACCUGUCCUCCCAGCUGCACAUCACGCCGGCCACAGCCUACCAGAGCUUCGAGAAUGUGAUGGAUGAGGUUUUCCGUGACGGUGUAAACUGGGGACGUGUGGUGGGCCUGUUUGCCUUCGGAGGGGCCCUCUGUGUAGAGUGUGUGGAGAAGGAGAUGAGCCCACUAGUGGGACGGAUUGCAGACUGGAUGACUGUAUACCUGGACAACCACAUUCAGCCCUGGAUCCAGAGCCAAGGAGGAUGGGACCGGUUUGCAGAGAUCUUUGGGAAGGAUGCUGCAGCUGAGAGCAGGAAGUCUCAGGAGAGCUUUAAGAAGUGGUUGCUGGCGGGGAUGACACUGGUUACAGGAGUCAUCGUAGGGUCACUCAUUGCUCAGAAACGCCUGUGAGAUUGACAAGCACAGACGCCGUCUUGUAGGGGGGGAAAUGAAGGAACUUUUUUACUUUCGUAUUUCUCCUUUAUUUGCCAAGAAAGGACAUGUUUACGGUUUAACCUUACAUCUCACAAUGCACUGAGGUCUCGUUGACUGUUGAGAUUAAAGAGAGUGAUGGUCACUAAUGUUACCCUCAUCAAACACCUCCCUGCAACACCCUAAAACACAAGAAAAUGGAGGCGGAUAGAACUGUCUUGGACCAAAUGUUCUUCAGUUUCCUUUUUACUCUUUCCUGUAUCUUCUCCAAUUGCUGUAUUCAUUUGGUUUUACAAAUUUACUUUCAUUUUGCAUGAUGUGCUCCAUCUAUAGGCACGUCUGUGCUGAUGGGGAUUUACUAGCCCCAUCUCUGAGGUUAGUCUUGUUGAUGGUCUCUAACCCCCAAACUUGCCACCUGUAAAAGAAGGGGGGGGGAAAUGGCACUGAAAAUCAACAUCUGUCCACCUCAGUGUAGUUUUGACAUGGCUGCUUUGUAGAUGCAGUGCACUCCAAACAAUCUAGCCAAAAGACAGCCAAUAUCACACUCACUAGCUCAAUGUGUUAAUUGUAAAUGUUUUGUUUUUUUUCAUCUCCAAGUUGUAAGUGUAACAAGUGAUUGAGACAGAUUUCGAUCUUGACUCUAGUGCGCCACGUCAGGCGCAUUGCCCUGUAAUGAAUGAGGUGAUAGUUUUCUAUGUGUGUUCAUUGGUUUGUGUAUUGUUUUUUUUAAACCAUUAAAACCCACGUGAUAAUU